GGCUCCCUGUAAGAAGAUGUGAGGCUUGGUGUGUGUGCUGUCACAGGCAGAUACUCAAGAGCAGCUAAGAGUGAGCUCGAGUGCUCUGCUUCCACGAGGGAGAGAAAGGCAGCUGCUGAAAGUACAAGCUGGCAGGAUCAUGACAGACCCAAGUGGCAGAAAGGAAGCAUUUAAAAAAUGCCGGAGUGCUACAUUCAGUAUUGAUGGCUAUAACUUUACAAUUGUUGCAAAUGAGACAGGUGAUAAACAUCCACAACCACUUUUGCAAUUUGCCCGGUCUAAAUCACAAAAUUGCCUGUGUAACACCAUUAUUGGUGGGUUGACCAGCAACCUUAAGGAAAGGCCAAAGCUGACCAUUAACAAUGACCCUAGACCUCCUGAAGAAAUUUUAGCAGAUGAACUACCGCCAGUGGACAGUCCUGAGGCAUUGGUGAAAACAUCUUUCAGGAGAAAAUAUAAGAAAACAUCACAGAGAUUGCGGUCUUUGGUAAAUCAGUUAGAGAGAGGGGAAGCUUCAGUUGUAGAUCUAAAGAAGAAUUUGGAAUAUGCAGCGACUGUUCUUGAGUCAGUAUACAUUUGUGAAACCAGACGUUUACUGGACACAGAAGAUGAACUCAGUGAUAUCCAGUCUGACUCUGUGCCCUCAGAGGUCCGUGACUGGUUGGCUUCCACCUUCACACGGCAAAUGGGGAUGAUGCUCAAAAGGACUGAGGAAAAACCCCGGUUCAGGAGUAUUGUCCAUGCAGUGCAAGCUGGGAUAUUUGUGGAAAGAAUGUACAGGCGUACUUCAAAUAUGGUCGGCUUGAGCUACCCACCAGCUGUAAUUGGAGUGCUAAAGAAUGUAGACAACUGGUCCUUUGAUGUAUUUGCACUAAAUGAUGCCAGUGGGGAUCAUGCACUGAAAUUCAUUUUCUAUGAACUUCUCACACGCUAUGAUCUGAUCAACCGUUUCAAGAUUCCCAUUUCUGCCUUGGUGUCUUUUGUGGAAGCUCUGGAGGUUGGCUACAGUAAACACAAAAAUCCUUAUCACAACCUAAUGCAUGCUGCAGAUGUCACACAGACAGUCCAUUACCUCCUUUUCAAGACAGGAACAGUGCACUGGCUGACAGAGCUGGAGAUCUUCGCUAUGAUUUUCGCAGCUGCCAUACAUGACUAUGAACACACUGGAACCACCAACAAUUUUCAUAUCCAGACACGGUCAGACUCAGCCAUUCUAUAUAAUGACCGGUCUGUGCUUGAAAAUCACCAUGUUAGUGCGGCAUAUCGUCUUUUGCAAGAUGAUGAAGAGAUGAAUAUUUUAUCUAAUCUCUCAAAGGAUGAUUGGAGGGAGUUUAGAGCUCUAGUCAUUGAGAUGGUGUUGGCUACUGACAUGUCCUGUCACUUCCAGCAAAUCAAAGCUAUGAAGAAUGCUUUGCAGCAGCCAGAAGGAAUUGACAAGCCGAAAGCCUUAUCACUGUUAUUACAUACAGCAGAUAUCAGCCAUCCAGCCAAAGCCUGGGAUCUCCAUCAUCGCUGGACCAUGUGUCUGCUAGAGGAGUUCUUCAGACAGGGUGACAAAGAAGCAGAACUAGGGCUGCCCUUCUCUCCUCUGUGUGAUCGGAAAUCUACUAUGGUUGCUCAGUCUCAAAUAGGUUUCAUUGAUUACAUUGUGGAACCCACCUUUACUGUGCUGACUGACAUGACAGAGAAAAUUGUGACUCCGCUAAUUGAUGAAGCUUCCCACUCUGGCAUGUCUGGAUUUAGGCGUUCCAGUUUGAAUAGCAUUAGUUCCUCUGGAGUUAAAAGAUCGAGUGUCAAUGUCACUGGGUCCGAAGGAAGUGCCUCAUCCAACUGCUCAAUACUCACCGUGGACUUCAAAUGUUUUAAAGCCACCUGGACUGAGGUGGUGCAGCAGAACAGGGAGAAAUGGAAAGCACAAGCCACCAAAGAAGAAAAAGCUAAGAAAGAAUCAGAGGAAAAUGCUGGUCAGGGAACAGAGGAAAAGGAAAGAGAUGAACAGGAUGGGAAGCCAGGUGAAGAUGUCACAGGAGCAAAGACAGAAAAGAGCAAAGAACCAAAUCCUGGGGAAAGCAAAAGUGCAGAUUCCAGUAAGAAUCCUGUAAAUGGCACCUGGCAAAGUGGUAUGAGCACACAUGAAGCCUAUCAAGAGAAAAAUGCACCUAGGACAGAUAAGAAAAUGUAUCCUCAUCAUACUGUGGAAGAAGAGAAACAGCAUGUCCAGAAUGGUGAAUUAAAGGAAGACAAUAAAUUGGACAGAAAAGAUAAGUUUAGUGUGGGGGAUGAAUCAAAGAAAGCAAAUGAUACAGAAGAGUAAAAAUACCUUAAAAAAAGAGACUGCAAAUCUCUUUCAUCAUUUUUUCUGACCUUCAUUCCUGUUCUCCUACUCCUGCAAAGACCAGUUUCUGGGAAAGGCAUUAAACGACUUUUGAAACACUUCUCUCACUGGCUACUUCACAGCUGAUGACUCUGGGUUCAAGGGUGGGGGUCUUGUUUUUUUGGUUAAUUUUGUUUGUUUGUUUGUUUGUUCUUGUAUGUAUGUUUUUUAUUGUUGUUUUUUCUGGAAGUUCUUUUGUUAGAAGGUCAAAAUGUGAUUUCAUGAUAUAAACAGUUCCAUUUUUCUGGACAGGUUAAGCAAAUUCUUCAGAUGCCGGUUUUGCCCUUUGCUGUGCCUCAGCUUGUGAAACCAAUACUAGGAUGAUACAAAAGAAUAUAAAAAAAACACAACUAAACCAAAAAUUCCUUGAUAAUAAUUCCCUUUUUCUUUUCACUGAAAGCCUUUUCCAAUUGCUAGUAGACAGAAUUUGAUAUCAGUUUUACCCUGUAGAAGAUUUUAUUAAUAAGAACAGUGAAUUUGUAGAGCCAUUUGACCAUUUCUUGGGAUUUGAUAUCUUUCACAGGUAAUACAAUGAUAAAAAAAAUUCUUUCUAAACAGCAGUCAGAGUCCCUCAACCCUUGAUUUUGUUCUUUUUGCAGUUAGGAAAGGAAUAACCAAUGAAAGCAAUAUUCUCUUGGGGAAAAUUUUGUUGUCAGACUCUGAACAUGUAUUAAUGUGUUGUGUGAUGUGCCUGCAUAACUUGAUAUUGCAGAAAAUUAUCUCUUUCCCACAUUUUUUCAUGGCCCACUAGUAAUAGCUGUUUGUCCAACCUGAAGGUCUAGGAGAGGAGCAUCAGGGAAUCACAUGGACCAAUUCUUACUUUCAUCUCAUUUUGCUCUUUCAUCAUUGACUGAAUGGACAGUCCAAUGAAAAAGAAAAGCAUUGUUAUAUAAGGAUGGACAGAAAAAAAAAUAAGAAUGUAUGAGGAACAUCAAGCACAUUUGUUUUUCUGGCUUGGGAUCUUAAUUGGAAUUCAUCUAAUUACAAGCGAUUUUACAUGUUUAUAUGGAAGUCAAGACAUGUACAUACAUAUACAUACAACUUUUUUUGCUGAACAGCUUGCUGUUCAGGAUAAGAUCUUGCUGUAUUAUUCAUAUAUGUAUUUUUAAAGGAAUCAAACUCCUGUCAUGAAUCUUUUCUAUGUCGAGAACAUGCAAAACAGUGGCUUAGGAAGAUAGUAAAUCUUUAGUAUUUCCUUUUCAUGUUCAAAAGCCCAGAACUUUGCAACCAGAAUUUGAGUCUCUGUUUCUUCUUAAGCACUACAUAUCUAGGGAGGAGCAUCCUGUGACACUAUCUAAAAUUACAGCAGUAAGGUCAGAUUAAAUCCAUUUUAAAAGUGGCCACAUUUUUGCUUAAGAGUGUUUAGUAUCUGGGAUUUUCAUUAUUGAGACUAGAGAUAUUUAAAGGGUUAUUUUUUGUACUCCAGGUCGAAUUUUUUCAAAGCCAGAAAUUUAAAUUAUGUUCAUGUUGUGAAAACAUUGCACUUCAAUCAUGUGUUUUCAGAAAGAAGUACAAAAAUAAUUAUUGAAGUUUUUAGAACUCUCAAUUGGCUUCACUGAACCAGCUCAUUUAAAUGAAAUAUAAGGGGACAUAGUGUUCCCAUUUGUGAGUUUGUGGUUCAAUAGUAGUUCUGGUGUAAAUUUCUGAGGAAAGUGAAGAGCUGGGAGGACAGUGGCUCCACCAUCAACUCUGAGUGCAUUCCAUGUUGGGACAGGCUGUGUCACCUCUUACCGGUUUUUGAUUCCUCUUUCCCCUCCUCCAUAAGCAUUCAGCCCCAAUGAGAAUAGCAGAAUAUGAAUUCAGCCCUGAGCAGGUUCUUUGAAGGUGCACUGAUGAAAUAAUAAUGCUGAACUAAAUACUACAGUGGUGGUAGUCUGUGCUUUGUUCUUCAUGGAAUCAGGGAAAAUACACUCUUACCAGUGUUUGGUCAGAGGUGCAGAGUGAUUUAGUCUGAUUUUUUGUUACUCUUACCUUUUACAGCGGCUGAAGAUGCCUUAGAUUAUGCACACUAGAAAAAUAACAUUUUUUGAAAAAAACUAUCCCUCCCUCCCUCCCUCCCUCCCCCCCCCAGGCACAAAGGUGUGAAAUCAGGCUGGGAAACAGUUUUCCUCGAUUGUUAGAGUCAUUCACCAUUAGCAGGAGCUAAUAAAAGAAGUGGUAGAUUUGAUGUCUUUUGGGGGCUGCAAAUCAGUCUUGCCAUUCUAGAAGAGAUGAUACAGGGAGAGUUACUGAUCACAGCAUACCAGCGUACAGCAGAAUGCUUUUUAAUACACAGUCAGAGAUAGACCUUACAGUCUCCUCCUUCUAUUUGUGUAAGCUACAGUGGAUCAUUAGUAAUUUUUAGAUUGUUUUUGUUGUAAUUUUAAAAAAGUGAAAUCUAUUAGCUGCGAAAAUACAUAAAGUGAAAGUGAAAUCUAGAAAUCAAAACCCUACAAAGAGACUGGACCAGGUGAAAGCAUCUAUUAUGGGGUUGCCUCCUUACUUUUCCCCCUUAUGUUCCUGAAACACUCUGCAGCCUUGUGCUGGUGCAUCAUGGGCCAAAGUAUGGUAUGUUUAGACACCUCCCAGUUAAACUAGAGAUCAGCCACUGUGCAAAUGUGUAAAAUAUAAUAAAAAAAAAUGAUCAAAAAAUACAUAGCUGCUUUCUCUUAUUUUAUUCCACAAAGGAAUCUAUCAGAAACUGGGAAAAGAUUAGGUGUUCAUCAGCUAAUGGCCUAUGUUUAUAGUGUGAGAAAGGAUUUCUGGUUUUACAUCUUUACCUAACUUUCCCCAGGUGUAUAGAAAUUAUGUUUUCAGAUGCCUUUCUUUUCCAUCCUCAGUAAAACUACACAAGGAAUGAAUAGGCCAGAGAUUCUGCAAGUAUUGGGUCCAUACCAUUUGCCUCGUGCUGAAAUUUUACAGCAUUAUGUGGGAGUGCCCAUUUGUAGGCACAAAGGAGUCUCCUGAUGCCAGAGUGCUUUUUGCAGAAGCCAGCACAGGUUAGGAAGCUGUGUGAUAAAGAUGACAUUCUUUCACAUCUGCACAGAGACUGCUGGUGCUCUCAGAAAGUUCUGCCUAGCUGAAAGAGCAUCACAUGUCUUCUGCUUCCCAGAAACUGAUGUAUAGUUUGAGAGGAAGAAUCCAGGCACUUUCCCCUCCUAAAACAGAGAGGAUGCCAUUGCAAGUAUCAGUGGUUUGUUCUUUAUCUGGGACUUCCAUUAUCAGGGAACUAGCAGACCUUGGAGUCAUGGUCACAUAGUGCUUGAAUUCCUGGGCACACUGUAGAAAAAAAAGUGUCAUUAUGUUUUCAGAGAAUCAUAGUAUUAAAAUAGUUUGGGUUGAAAGAGACAUAGAGGAUAUGUAAAAGCCAUCUAUUCCAAACCUUUCUGCAAUGUGCAUCUUCCACUAAAUCAGGUUGCUCAGAGCCUCAUCCAACCUGAUCUUUAAUGCUUCCAGGGAUGGGGCGUCUACUGCCCCUCUGGGCAACCUGCUCUAGUGUCUCACCAGGGUCCUAGUGUUUCAUUGCAUCCUGCUAAUUAUUUAAAUGGCUCAAAGAGCAACAGAUUAGGGAUGCCACUAAUAUUUUCCAAGUUUGAAAAAAAAUAUAGAUAAGGGAAGCCAACCGUUUUAUUUUUUCCUGGUAAUAAAAUAGGCAGUAAAUAAAAAAAAAAAAUUGCAAUUUUAGAGAGAUUUAAAACAUUUCAGAUUUGACAAUCUAAGCAGACUGAACCUAGCUACAGCCUUUUGUAUAGCUCAGGCUGGAGUAACAUUCCUAUUUAUACAGUAGGAUAUUUAGCAUCAGAAUGAAUCUGACGUUUGGGCACCUGAUUCCUGAUGGGUGAAUUAAGGAGGCAAAUACCUUUUUCUAGGUGUUUCUUCUUUCAAGCAUAAAUUUUGUGGUUGGACACAAAAGCUUUCCAAAAUGUAAUUGGUUAUGCUAGAGAGGAAAGGUGUAUGCUGGUGUUUUGCAAACUAUUCUUUGGGUAUAAAAAUGUUUGCAUGUGUACUUAUAAAGUCUUAUAAGCUCAGUCUGGAAGCAAAUAUAUUUCAAAUUAUAUGGCUGAUAGUGCUAUGCUGCUUUGUAAUCAGAAAGUCCAUAAGCUCACCUAGCUAAAGGUAAAUGCUACCUGAAUUUGCUUUUAAUCCUUGAAAUUUCUACAAUGGCUCCCAAAUCUGUCUUUCAGUUGAAAAGCAAAAUAGCCUAUUCAAAUUAGUAAAGGUGGAACCUGAGAAGUAUAGUACUUAUUUUCCUUUAAAUAGAAUAAAACAGUUUAUUUCCAGGAGCUUGUGAGAUGGUCUUAAAUAUUUAUUUUCUCCUUUUCCUUCACAUUUCAUUUUGAAAUAAUGAAAUUCCUCAUCCUUUGAUGAUCUAUACCACAGAUUAGCCAUUUAUACUCAGAAAAUGAGAGCAUUAUCAAGUCCUUUUCUUUUACACUAUUUAAACCCAUCGUCUCACUUAAUAAUUAAAAAGAGAAUGAUACUUUGCUUUCAUAUGUUGAUCCAGUGGUGAUCUCAGAGCUUUACUGGCAUGGUGUCUGAACAUCAUCACUCGGAAGCAGAAACAUGCUGGCUCAGGAAGAGAAGGAGCCCAAUGGCACUGACUACAGGAAAAUUACUCCAGGGACCUGACAUCAGUGUUGGCCAGAUAGAAAGGAGGAAAAAACUUUGUGCUUUAACUUUUCAUAAUUCAUCUCCCUCUGAAGUGAGUACAAAGGAUUUUCCCACUUGUGUUACCCACAACAUGAGCAGGUCUUCUCAGUCUCAGAGAAGUGUCAGUUGUGCAUCCAAGUAUGGGGCUUCUCCUGUUCCCAUGGGUAGACAAGUUUUGUGAUCCCAGAUACCCCUUUUCAUGUCUGACUACUGUGUAAAAAGCAAGAUGAACACAGAAGCAGCACAGGUGACUGCUGCCAAUGCCAUUAUUUUCUGUUAAAAUUAAACACUCUCUGUGCAUUUCCACUCAAAGAGACUGCUUUCCUGACACUGAAACAUCUCUUUUGAUCCCUAGUAAGCACAGAGGAUUCUGUACCCAAGCAGGACCAGGAUGCAGGCCUGUUUUGAGGCAUCAGCUCACCCUGCUCUGUGGACUUAACCACUGGGUAGAAUAAAACAGAACUAUUUCCCUGCAAGCUGGCAGAGGACCUGAAACUCAGUUUUAGCAAAUUUAUUUACCCUUAUACUUAAGCGCAAGACAACACACACUCACAAGUUUCAUAGUACACUCUUGACAUUUUGUAUUAUUUUGGUCUCUUACAAGCACAUAUGUAUUAUAACACCCUGAGUUUAGAUGCUAUAGUAGCAGAAAGAAUAUACAUAAUUCCAUUGUCUUUGCUGGUGGUUGUAGGAGUGCACCUAUCAGACUAAAUUACUAAUGGCCAUUGGGGUUUCUAGUGAUAAAAUCUAGCAGAAUGUCAUGGGGUAGCUUUAAAACCACGACACAGUAGAAUAACAGAGUGAGCAUUUCGCUUUUCUUUUUGCUUGGGUGAUAUUUUGGUACACUUUUAUAUGCAAUUUCAAAAAAUCCUUACUGUUGUUCUUGUAGUGCUCUUGUUAGGUUUUUACCAGGUCUUAUGGUUUUCUACAGGCCCAGAUUCUCACACUAAUAUUUCACUACCCUUUUCUUCUCCUUAUUGUUACUUGAGAGACAAAAGUCUUUGCAUUUGCAAAUAAACUUGGUGCAAAAUAAUACUUAGGACCUGAUCAUCCUUUUAGUUGCACUGAAAUCAAAUGAGAUUGCAUGCAAAGUUCUGCUCAUCCCAGGCAGCAUCUGGGGACAAAGACUAAACAAAAACAUGUACAGCUCACCACACACAGGCAGUGCAUCAGCAUGGGGCCACCUUCUUUUGUUGUGGUAGGAGCUGAUUACACCACCAUGACUUUUAGAAGUGAGAGACUAUGUCUCUUUUUUUUUUGACUUCAAAGUCUUGCCCUAGUGCGUUGUCUACCUUCAGCAGGUAGGAGUGGUGGGUUGUAUAUGACAGUAGAUUUCACUGCUCUGUUAACCCUACAGUGACAGGUUUUAAAUAAAGUUAGGAAAUAUUAAACCUCUGGGUAGGAGCAAUAAGGGGAAAUUAACCAAAUUCAAGGAUCUUAGUCUUAUAAAAUAACUUUUUCUCAGGUGGCAUUUUGCAGUGAAUUCCAUGUAUGAGAUUGAUAAUAAACUUUAGAGUAUGUUUAUAUAAGCAGAACUGAUAAUAGAGAUGUCUUGAGCUGAAUUAAGAUAAACAAAAGACUGCUGUGCUCUAACAUUUUUCAAGAAAGAAUGUUUUAUAUUCAGGAAAUAGAAAGCAAGUUAAAUUGCAGGCUGAAAACAAAACUUGGCACAAGUUUGCUCAUGGGACUGAGUGGGUAGAGUAAUGGAAAAACCUAUUUGGCUUGUUAAAACUCGUAAGGAAAAAAAUGGAAAAUCAAAAUAAAUGACACCAAGUAAUAGCAAGUAUUCUCAUUUGUUCGGAAACUAAUUUUUAACAAUAUGUAUUUAUUGUUAGUUUUUUGAUUUGAAAGAAGAGGCUUGUGGUCUAAAACAUUUUUCAACAUUUCCACUUUUUCUCUGAGUUUUUGUAUGCUAUCCAAUUAACCAACUAUAAACAAUGAGAUCUCCCCUGCAUUUGAAUUCAAGUUGUAGAAGGAUUAAUUUUUUUCUUUUUUCUUUUUUCAUGCUUUUUACAUCUGAUGCAGGUAUGGUGCUUGCUGUUUAGUUUUCAGCAUCUGGCUCUCCAGAGAGUCCUAGUAAUAAUAAAGCUUUUUUUUAAGCAUAGUGGGAAUGUUGCUUGGACAGCUGUUAUUUGUCACCAUUCACCCCCUGGGAGAAGUCAGUGUUAUUACCAAUGUAAUUUCUAAAGAUAGGGAAACUGAGGUAGAGAAUUCAACCAGCUUAUUUAAGGACCCAAAGGUAAAUCUCACCUUUCUACUUUUCUCUUGACUGAUGACAAUCUGUGAGAGUAUCCAAACCAAGAACAGCACACCACAGCUCAGCAGACCUUAGCUCAGCAACUUUAGACAAAUUAUCAGUACUGUAACUUGUUGGUUUAUCCAAAGUUCAUUUAUUGGGAACUUUGUCUAUCCUCACUGGUGCCAGUUUCUGUCAGGAAACACUGUUUGAAUAUUUAACCUUGGGACUGUUGAGUCAGGCUGGUCUCAACAUUCAAUACCAAAAUCAGCCUGAUCCCCUUCUCCAUCCACCACUGAUAACUUUUGCAAACAGGGUAAAGGUAAAGCUGCCCACUUAGGCAGAGCAUAUUUCUAAAGAGGCUACUGCUUUGGAUCAAUCAGAGUUUUCUUGCAGCUGGCAUUUAGAGGUCUUGCUCUUUGGAGAGGUCUUGCUCUUUGAAGAAAAAUGUUUUAAGGAAAGAUUGAGGAAUUAAACUUUCAUGUCUCACUACUCCUAUAAUUCUCAUGAAAUGUAAACAGGUCUAAUAUUAAAACUAACUCAUUUUUAUACCUGUUA